CAGGAAAGUUGCAUGUGGAGAUGAACAUGGGAAAGUACUUUCUUGAGUUUAACUGGGAGGUGCUCAUGUCUUCCUUCGCUAUGGAACUUGGUUUCUCUAGCAAGGCUGCCCAGUUGUAUGCAAAAUGUGGGGGCAACACCCACUACACCAUGACUUUGCUCAAAGUUGCAUACAAACGAACAUGGAUGGAACUUCAUGUCCCAUAUGUGCGAGAACAACUGAGCAGUGGGAAGGAACUGUCUGUCAAUGACUUCCUUUAUGAGUGGUACCCGACAAUGAAAGAUCCAAACUACCAGUUCAUGUUCCAGAUGGUGUGGAAGUACCUGGCUGGUUUCUUUACCUCCCAUUAUGGCGUUCGAAGGAAAAACAAGAUCUAUGUGCAAGCAGGCAUAGAAUCAUUUGCAGAUUUGUUCCACUACAAGGGUUCUUCAAAGUAUGGAACAAUCGAGUUACAAGACCGUACAAGGACAGCUGUAGCCCAUGAUCCUGAAUUAAGCUUGAGUCAUAAGUCCAAGAGCUUUCUUGUUGUUCAACACCACUCUGAAAAGUCCAUCUCGACCUCUGGCAAUCCAUCAAAGGGGGACGACAUGGAUGCGCAACUGGAAGAGGUGAACAAGCAGUCAAAACUGUGGCACAGAGGAGCCACUAUCGCCGUGGACUGGUUGCACAUCUUUAGAAACCUCGACAAAUUGUCAAAGUUGCAUACAUGGCUGUUUAAAAUUGCUGGGAUGAAAGAUCCCAAAGACUAUGCAGUGUUGGCAAGGAGAAAAUUUGAUCUUAAUUCUGAAAUUUUGGCUUGGAGGAUAAAGCUUCAAAGAGAAUGGUAUGUAUAUACAAUUACAUAUUAUUUUAUAACUGUAACUCUGCAAUGUCAAGAUGGGGAUUAUUGAGAAUUAUUAUUACCAAUCCAGUACUAGAAAUUAAGCAAGAAAGGUUGUAUUUAAAUGUCAGUUAAAGAUUGGCAAAUGAUUCAAAAUUAUUUAAUAUAAAUUAGAUUUUCACAGAAAACCUAAUUAAAAACUGAUUUUUAAGUUGACAUCAUCUAAGGUUUAUGAAUGGGUGCCACAUAAUUCUUGAAUUAAAUUAAUUUCCUAUUUUUUGUUUGUUAAUAUUGUAUAUUUUACAUAUUUAACCAACCCACAUGGACUACAGGAACACAUGUCUGUCGAGGAACACCACUGGACCACCAGCUCUCUGAAUUCCAUUCUAAGUUAGCAGCAAAUAGGCAGCGGUGUCAUCUAGACAUUGCCGUUGGUGGAAAAAGCAGAAGUGAAGUAAAAAUUAACAAUGUGUACGUGACCCCAGAAAACAGGAGGAAGGACAAAGAUAUCAACAAAAGCAAAAAUUGUUGUGAGAACAGAGGAAAAAUUGUUGGCUGUGUGUGACUGAGACUAGUGAAUGCUUGCAGGUUAAGUGGUCACCCGUGAAAAGAGACAAUAAAGUUAAAAAGGAACAGGUGAUUGAAUUCUAUCAGGACAUUUGUUCAGAAAUUGCCCAACAGGAACAACAGGAAGUUGGAGCAUUUGUCAUCGAAUGCAAAGAAGACUAAGAAAAUUGUGCCUAAGCUUUUUGACAGUUUUUAAGCCCUUAAAAUGUUUAUUUAUCACAGUUUGUAAUGUUCUUAAAACAUGGGUUUUCUAUUGGGCUCAUUUACCAGAUUUAAACACUAAUUAAAAAGAAAAUCCACCUAUUAUGUAAUUUUCGCAUGCUGGGCUCCUGAACCUUUGAUCAGCAAAAUAUUUUUGUACCUGUAUCUCUGACCAAAAACAAAGUUAGGAGAGGUUUAUCAUGCUGUUAGUUAUUCAUUACUUGUCUAUCAGUUAUGCUUAUAUGCAUGUACAUGUACAAGCAUUUCUUUCAUAGACAGGCUGUGGUUAUUUAAGGAAUUUGAUUAUAUUUUUUUCCAUGGUUAUAGUAGUAACUAGAAUGUUAUCACUACUAUACAUGCUAAUCAAGUGUUUUUAUACACUUUGAAACGUAAUUGUAUGUUUUGCAAUUUUUAUAUUCAGAGAAUUAUUCAGAGAAGAAUCAUGAUUACAUUGCUUAUAUGCAUAUAUUGCUUACAGAGGUUUGUUAAAAUAAUUUUCUCUUCCAAAUUUUUCAAACCAUCAUUUUGCAAAAAAAAUAAUAAAAAGAAGGUAAAGUGAUGGAGAGAAUUCAAAACAGCGUUUGGUGCCAAACGUGAUAAAAUAACUGCAUGUAUGUUGGUAACAGUAGUAUUCAAGUACACAGCUGUUGUUUUUAAAGUUUUUAAUAGGCUCUGCUGGAGACCCAACAGGACAUGGCACUGAACCAUUUCAUUCACUUUUAGUGUCACUGCCACUUGGGACUAACAUUUACGUCUGUGGCCUGACAGGACCAAGCACUGAACUGAAACAUUAAGUUGUAGUGUCACUGUCACCAAAGUCAAGUUCGGACACUAGACCGAAAGAUGGAUUACAUAUUUGUAACAACUUAGGAUUUGAAAAUGAACAUAACUUGUUUAAAUCACUGUUGAUGAAUUUCUUGUCUGAUCAUAAUAAAAAUUCUCUAGAUUUCAUUCCCGUUGUGGGGCAUUUAUUACUACUGUCAUUGACUCAUCUGAAAUGAAGCUCAUUGCCACUUGUGAUGGUUGUGGUGUGCAAAGGGCUUUUUCUUGUUCUGUCAGAUUUGGUAAUGGCCUCCUGAAAAGAACCUCUUGUAUACUCUGCUUGACAAUAACAUUUUGAUUUGCUGCUCUACCAUGAAUGUUGAGACCAAACAAUUCGGACAUGUUUUCAUCCAAUGGAAGUUUCUUAGGAGUGUCUUCAAGUGGAGCUACCCCCAAACUUUCACCAUCUUCCGGUUUAAUUGUUUUGGUAACGUUUGCAAAUUCUUUGGUUCCUGUUGGAGCCAGCUUUCCAGAUUCGUACUGAUUCUUUAAAAGGUCAGAUGCACAGAUUUUUCUUUCUCUAUCGGUUUGUACAAUCACUAGCACUUCUGCCCCAGUCAUAACGUGGAGCUUGAAACCAUAUGCGAGAAGCGUAUUUUUCCGUCUAGUCAGGGUGCUGCUGUGUCUUGUUUGAUUUUUGAUGAACUUUAAACUCUCCUUUGGUCUUGGUCUUGACCCUUUUCUCUUUAGCCUCGUUGUGAACAACACUGACACUACAAAAUACAAAAGCAGCAAAAUUUGAAAUGUUGUGUAUCAUGCUUGUCCAGUGCCAGGAAACCAGGAAGAGGUGGGUGAACACCAGAAGAAGAAAAGAAAACAAUUGGAAAAGGUACAAGACACAGCGUGAUAGACUUAGAGCUUGAAUAUUUUGGGUAAACAUCUGUGCUUCAAAAUAUAGCCAUGGGUGUUCUAGACCAGCCCUGGUCUUCAAAACAAAACAGAAAAACUAACCAAGUGCUCCGGCGACAGACUUGACAGAAUUGGUAUCUUCCAAGGAAUUUUGAGCCAUCGGUUCUUCAGGAAUUUCUCUGAUUGUGACUUCAAUUUUUUUUUGGACUUCUUGUGCUGUAGAUUCCAUACUUUUGAAAGUAAAAUUAUUAUUCAAUAGGAUUCAACCACACUUUGCUUAAAUCGCAGUUGUUAUUAGUGCUAGUUUGUUCUGGUGCAUUAAAUUUUCUCCAGCAAACACUGAGUAAUAUGUUUGGAAACCAACCAAAUUUCACAAACACGGUUAGGCAAUCUAACAAACCAAGCUGCGAAAUUUAUUGACAGCCUUCAGUAGCAUGGACACCUUUUUCCAAUUACAAUCUGACAUAGAAGCCGCCAGUUUUUUCUUUGGUUUUUAGUUUUCUAGUUUACAUGAAGUAAUGGCAUACAGUUUAUUGAAACAGUGAGAACACAGCUGUCAUACGGUUGCAACUGAGCUGCGAUGCACUGUAGAUGUUAUUUAAAGGGACGAAAAUGUUUAUGUUGUUGCACUUUGGAAAGAGACUUGGUGGUAUCCCACGCUAAUUAAACCACUUCCAUAGCCGCAAAAGAACUCAAGUGCUAUAUGGUACCAUGUCACUUUGAACUGUGUCUAUAGAUCUCAAAUUAUCAAAAGCUGCUCUUUUUUGUGUAACAUUCAGGUCGACGCUACCAAUACUAAUUAUGACAAAACAAGGUAAGAAUGUGUUAACUCAGAAACUUGAAUUGGCACCCACUUUGUGCUAAAUUUGCGAGUGUUGUUGGCCACACUCAUUCCAGGAAAAUAAUUAAAUGAAAACGUAUUUAUUACUUCCAAGGUUCUGAAGGCGACCGAAAUUCAACAAUUUUUAGUGAAAAAUGGCUGCAUAAAAGAGUCAGCUAAUAUGCGAGGACCAUUCAGUAGUACUGUUUCAUUUGUCAAUGAGCGUUUUGUUGCAUUUAACAAAUAGAUAAGAGAUCUCUGUUACUUCAUUUUUAGAUAACAUGAAUAUGAGGAUCUGGAAGGGCAUUUUCGGGAUUCAGGAUUUGACCAAAGUACGGUGUGGGAAUCAGGAAAAUGAUAAAUAUAUUGACGGGAUCUGGGAUUUGACUUCUCCCCGGGAAGCGGAACUCGCCAAAAUUUGGGUACGGGAUGUAGAUUUUCUUGCCUGUCUGUCAGGAAUUCAGGAAAUCAUCACGACCCAAAUAAACGUUCUCUGGUUCUAGUGGCCAAAGCGAAUCAACCACGCGAGGGCUAAGUGGUGUCUCCUUUCAAACCAAACUACCGUAUACAGACCCUGAAGAGUGUCUGGUUAAUAGGUCUUAAUAGUUAACUAAUUGAAACUGUCAGAGAGUAUUUUGCUUCAACCAGAUGCCAGAAAAGUGCACAUGGUGGUGUCAUAGCAUACCAGUUAUUGACUCGAUGCUCAAUUGACUCAAUUGCUCAAGCUCUUCAGUCUCUUUGGUAAGUUCACUUUUAUUAUAAUCUUGAAGGGAUUUUUUGAACAGCUUAAACGCUAAAUGGCCCUAGAUGUGGCAAAUAGUGAUGCCAGCUCAUCUACAGUAAGAGUUUUGGUCUCAUUUUAUCUUGCAGCCAUCGACGAUACUUCUAGCGCCAGAACCUCGGCAAUCCACAAAGAAAAAUUCAAUGUUCUGCUACGCGGUGAUCAACAGAAAGACCUCUUCGACUUCAUGAGGUAUUUAAAAACCUUCACUGGAUUAGCAGAAAUCGCCAAAAGUGAAGGCCUCGGAGAAAACCCCGACAUCACAAUUGCCAGAGUCCAAAAGGCAGGCAUUGGCGUCAAGACGUUUUCACUCAGAAGGUCAAGAUGCCUGGAAAUACGAGUUUGACACUCUUAUCAGGGGAAACAGGAUGCUCCAAGGUAUUAGUAACUAUGUGAUGUCAUGUAAUAUAUAGAACGUGUGAUGUGAUGUAAGUCUGUCCACAGACCUUGCGAAUGUUAUCUAUUUUCAGUGUAUUUUCAUUUGCAUGCUCCACGAUCUUUUGAGAAAAUCUCUGUUGCACGAAAGCGCCAUGGUUUCAUAUUUCAAAGCACACUUACUAUACUUAAUACAGGCCUUAAUAGUUUCUCAGUGCAAUUAAUUUUGAAAUCAUUCAGAUCUCUCAUAUCAUCUGUUGUUUGGAACUGACAUAUCUAAAUAAAUAUUAAUACACGCAUUUACACCUACAUACGUACAUGUAUUUCAUAUUUUAUUAAUUAUUAGAUAAGUAAUUGUAGUUAGGUAUACCGUAAUUUCUGGCCGAUUACCUGCGGGUUAUACGUUAAUUUCAACGCAAAGAUUUGUUGGUGUAGGUUAUAGGAAGGUGCGGGUAAUGUGAUAAUUUUUAAAUCUUCCGAUAUAUUUUUAAAACCGUAAGCAGGGAAAAAAUAUAAAAGUCAUUAGAGAAACUGUUCCUAAAAACUGUGUAUUGCCUCAUUUAUCCCGCUUUCAUUGCGUAUAGACUUGAAUGCUCUCGAUGAAAACCGAUGCAAAUUGAAAACAUAUCAACAAACAUUGUUGGCAAACAAAAUCUAUUAUCACAUGUGUACUAUUACUUUCUCACCUUGCUAAUUUCAUAGCUUGUUUCUUUGUUUAGUUGAAAAUAAAAACAUAUUCACCAACUGGAAUAAUAAACUCGGAAAAUAAAAGAAUAAAAAUGUGAAAUAGCAGGCUUCAAAGUAAUUCACACAGAAAAAAUGACGCCGACAUGUUCAUUUCAUGGUGCCGCUGCCACCACAUAAUUAAUAUGACGCGACAUAAAAGGUGAUUGUCAGCACGCGUGUAAACAAACAUUCACAGACAACAUUUUAAAACACCACAAUAUUCAGUGCAUCAGUAAAAUAUUCCUAGCAAGCACUGCCUUGAGGUAGAGAGUAUUUUCCCGUUUCAAGCAAUUUCAGUAGAUCCGGAGAUAUCAAUUUUUUUUAGAACAGAUUUUUACAAGUGGUAUCAUGAAAUGGGAGAUCAAAAACAAUGGGCGUGAAAACUUACUAAUUACACGCUAAAGGAUAUUUUGUUAACAAAAGCAAUGGAUGAAGUUUUUAUUUGAUUCAAAACGUUAUUAAAAGGUCAUUGACUGAAUGAGAAAUACACGCUUCAAUCAUUUACGAUAAGUGUAGCCACAAGUAAUUUUGAGUCAAAAUGCCUGGUGUUAAACGCGCACAUCAAAGUUUCACUUUUGAGUAUAAGCUAAAAGUUAUCGCUUGGGCAGUUGAAAUUGGAAACCGAGCAGCAGCAAGAGAAUUUGAAAUUGAUGAAUCCAUGAUCCGCUACUGGCAAAAGAAAAAAGUUGUCAUGACAAAGCUGCCUAAACGCCAACACACCUGCCAUACUGAGCUAAGCGAAAAGUUUAUCAAUCUUUGGCUUUUAAAAAAUCUACACUUGAAUGGGCUAUGCACGGCCAUGAGGGCUUAUCAUCACUCCAACUUUGUGAGUUCACGAAUUUCUUUUGUUUUUGGGUGCGGGUUAUCUGCCAGUGCGGGUAAUCUGUUGAAAUUUUUUUCUUGUUAUCGCAAAAAAUGACCGAUGCGGGUAAUCUACCGAGCGGGUAAACGGCUGGAAAUUAGGGUACCAAUUAGUAUACAUUGUAUCCUAACAACUUUGACACGUUAAUAAACUUAUCUUAUCUUAUCUUAUCUUACACGUAUUUACAGUUACAGUGGUUCAGCGACUCACAGCAUGGGAAACUGGAAGCCCAGUGCUCCAGCUGGUUAACAAAACAGACACCAGCCCAGCUGCAACAGCAGGUCUAGCUGGAAGUGAAGGCCAACGCAAGAAACAGAAGCGAAUGUCCUCUCAAGAGGACGAAGAAUUGUACCAAAAGUUAAGAGAGGGAAAAGAUAUGGAGAGGAAUAAGUGCCAGGAAGAGGAACUGGAAAAGCUUCAACAAGGUAUUUUGUGGACGAAAAGCAAACAGCAUUAAAGUUUAAUUUUAAAAUUCUGCUCUGGGAUACAGGAUAACGGGUACCUUAUUGCAGACAGUUUUGUUUGUGCCAAUGAAAUCAGCCAUCUCACCCUGCUAAAUUCAGACGAUGGAGGCACUUUUGCUUAUAUCAAAAUUCAGAAAGACAUGCCAGUAUAAAUCCUUCAAAUUUAUAAAGCCUGCCUUGAGAUGGUUCGUUCUGACGACAACACAGUACUGCCCUGCACGGUUAACAAUGUUGAAAUAUUUAUGAUAAUGUAUGCGUUACAAUAGAAGCUGAUUGGUUGAUUCUCUUUAAUGCACGCUUCAAGUUCCCGCCAUGUUGUUGUUGUUCGACUAGGUUUUUGAUCCUACAUGACGAUGUACACGAGUAGUGUGUUCAGUUUAGAUUAAAAAGUCCUGGAUA